AUUGUUGUGCGGAGGCUGCGCUGAACAGCCGGAAUUAUAAGAGAUUUAGUCAUUUACGGACACUUGCCUGACUCGAAUCGGCCCAGUAUGGAGAAUUCUGAAAGACAAAAUCAGUCAGGGAGUCUGGCAUUCUUCACCGUGCUGAUCCUGGUCAUACAGGUGCUUGGAUUGACGGCGGUUAUUCUGGUAGCCGUGUGGAUGGGGUCCUUCCGAGGGGGCUUUGCCUGGCAGUCGGACCCCAAACACGAAUUUAAUUAUCACCCCGUGUUCAUGGUGACCGGCAUGAUAUUCCUGUAUUCUGAUGCCAUUUUGACUUACCGCGUGUUUCGGAAUGUGAAGAAGACUUACCUGAAGGCAGUACAUGGGAUAGUCCAGGCCUUGGUGCUGAUCUUCACGGGAGUGGGGCUGAAGGCCGUGUUUGAUUCUCACAAUCUGCCAAAACCCCCCAUCCCCAACCUCUACAGUCUCCACAGUUGGCUAGGAAUUAUCACAGUUGUCUUGUUUGGACUCCAGUGGGUGUGUGGCCUGAUUUCCUUUGUGUUCCCCCUGUUAAGUGUGGGGGGCCGCCAGACUUACAUGCCCCACCACGUGUUCUGGGGGCUGGCCAUUCUCUGUCUGGCCGGGGCUAGCGCAGUGACCGGUAUCACCGAGAAAGCUCUCUUUACAGACUUCUACGCUCACUUUAAAUAUUCUGCUUUUCCCACGGAAACCUACAUCAUCAAUUUCCUCGGUCUGACCAUCGUGUCUCUCAUUGCGCUUGUGGUCUACGUUGUGACCCGCCCAGAAUACAAACGCCAGCCAUCACCAGAAGAGGAGCACAUUCAACUGGUGCAGUAAUCUAGUUCCCAGUCUUGAUAGUAACCAGCAGUUAUCUGCCCUUGAAGAUAUAUCUAUAUUUAUUAAAACAUCGGUGUUGUGUGUAAACUAUAUCUGUGAUGCAUUUGCUCAGUAUUUUUGUGGUAUUUUGUUUUGUUAUUUAAAAGAUAUAGAAAUAAGACAAUUGGAGAUGAUCAGUUAAUUGACAAAACUCAGUCAAGUGCAAUAUUUUGGGCAUGGGAUCCUUUAAUUGCUUGAUCUGGCUAGUUAGUACAUGUACAUGUAUCAGUCUUUAAGACAAAGGAGUAAGAGUGUUGCUAUGGUGACGCUUGAAAGUUUUGAGUUACACACACAUGCAAAUGAUAAGCAUGUAGUUAGACUUUGCCAAAAAUUUUAGUAUUGACUGGUUUGAGAGAAAAUUCAAACCUAUCAGUAUCUGCUAGUAAUUAGUACUUUUAUUUCACUGAAAAUAUUCUUGCUCUGUCCAAAAUAAAAAAAAAAAAAAACCAUAGAAUUAUGAUAGCUUCCACAAGGUACCUUCUUAAUUCAUAGAGGUACCACAUGUUACUGGUCUUUUGGAAGCCCUUGUUUAGUCGUUAUGUUAUGGCUGGAGUUUUAAUGUGACAGGUUAUACCAUUUCUAAUUGACAAGGUCAGAAUUUCUAAAGACCAGCUGUUUGCAGCUUCCGAAACUCGCUGAGCUUUUAGAUAUUUAGUCUCGAUUUUUAGAUCAAAGAAAAUGAGAUGUACUAAAGAGCUAGAUGAGUUUGAAUUUGAAAUAAGUAAAUCAUUUUUAGUUUAGUUAGCAGUGGUUAGUUAGAUGUAGUAGUAAUCCACAAAAUAUCUUUUGUUUCUAAGCGUUUUGGAUCCAAAUUCUAGAUUGACAACUUCUACUAGUGAAUUCUUUUCAAGGGGAUGAAAAACAGCCAAUGUGAUAUCUAGUUACCCAGAGAAAAUACAAGAUUUUCAGAAAAGUGGCAACUGGGUGCACAACAUGAUUAAUAAAUUGUGCAAGAAUAAAUGUUCCAUUGAAAUCCCUGAAAAAAAAGUUACAUCAUAUAGGUAAAGAAGUUCCAUUUGCUUGUUAUUAAAAUUAUUUUACCUCUAAUGUUUUGAAUCUUCAGGUAUAUCUGAAAGUUUACCUUCAGUUCAGUUGAGUUUGAGAUAAAGAGGUUCGACUGUAUUUCAUGCCUAAGGCUGAAUUAAUUGUAAAUUUAUGCAUGACAAAUCGUUAAACAUGAAAGGUUUAAUAUUGUGAAACAUAUCUGACUUAUUUAAUUGAUUUUUUCCCCCUGUGAUUUAUUAAAUUAUUUUUAUGAAAUACUCGGUGUACAAUUUAUGUUAUACUCUUUUGCUGUUUACAUCAGUGUUAUGAAAAGCAAAUUGGAAAAGUGAAGGAAAGAUCAUUCAGUUUGUACAUGUAGUCACUGGCCUCUUGCUGGAAAAGGUCAACUGAAAAGGAUACUAGUAGCUUAUGAUUUUUUUAUUGUAUUUUUUGUUCAUUAAUAAAAAUAACAUUUAACAUUCAUUUUCACAUCUUGACUAUUACAUGUAUUUAUCAGAGUAAAUCUGAGAGACUUGAGGUUUUAGUGCCCUCUCUCCUCAAGAGAGAAAGAUUUGAAUUUGUAUAGAUAUAAAAAAAAAAAUACUGAGUAUACAAUCUGCUGAUAAACAAACCAUACAGUUACUGAAAACUUGAUUUGUUUUAAAAGUUUCAAAUAUAUACACAGGAAUACACAAUGACAAGGAAGUACCAGGGACAAACGAUUUUGCUUCUUUAAUAUAGUACUACACAUGUAGUAGGUGACAGCAAAACAGUUUACUUUGGAUAUGGCACAAAGAGCCUUUGUGUUAGGCUGUUUAUAGCAAAGUGCUUGUUCUAAAGAUGACCAAGGUCAUUAUUUGGCAUAUUUAUACCCCGUUAAUUGGUGCUAAACAUUGUUAUGUGACCUAUAUUUUCUACACACUAAGCCAUAUGGCCUCUUCAUUCACACAUAUCUGGUUUUUCUGCUGAAAAUAUUUUGUACAAUUCUAGAUUUUAUUAUGUAUUUAUGGCUUCAAGGAUAUUUACAUCUAUUUUUAGAUCUCUAAUUUGGCCCUUUCAUGAUAAAUGUGGUAUUUCUCAUUUUCAUGGCAAGUUUUAUAUUUUUGCAAUGUUUUUAUUGAUAAAUAAUUAAAUGAUGUACAUGUUAAACAAAUACUUUUACAUCAUAUUUCAGCAAACUGUAUCAUUUUAUCCUGCAAAAGAGUAGUACCUCAGUUACCAUGAAACUGUGUGAAUAUACUAUUGAACAGUUAACUUACAAAUCAGGUGUAAAAUUGCAGAAACCUAUAAAUGAAAAUUUUUAGUGUACAACUUUUCAAAUGAAAUUAAAUUCAAAUGAUUUUGAAUUAUAUAUACAGUAUAUUUGUUGUGGAUUUUGUUUCUGACAAAAAUACAGAGAUUCUUCCAUGCUUAUAUCUGCAUUUUUUGUUAUUAGUGAUUGUAGAUAUGAUUUAAUGGAGGAUCUUAUUUGAAUGGGAGGGACUAGGGUACCUCGUUUUGUUAUAAAACUAAAUUCAUGUUUUUUUUUAUUUGUUCUUGUAAUUGUUUUUUCAUCAGAGAUAUUAUAAACAUUUAAUUUAUGUCCCAUUCUCGCUAUGCCAGGGGUCUGGAGUCAACAUGUUGCAAUGUGUUUUCAGUACCUCUGGCAUAGGGAGGAUGUAUAUGCCCCUGAUUUUGGUUAUCUAUGCAUGUAUUGAUAUUGUUGCUGCAAUAGUACAUGUAUUAUGUGUUUAUCAUUUAUUUAAUAUGACUGUAUUGUUAUUGUAAAUAAACCAGCAAAAUUGAA